AUGGCGGACAUUUACUCUCCGAUUCCCGUCUCCUCUCAGCUCUUCACCUCGAAAUCUCGUCCUCCAUUUGCACAAUCCAUGAGCGUCCUCGCCUCGAGACAACACAACCAGCUUAUUACUAGCUCGGCAGGUGGGACCCCGCAGCCGGUAAAGGCGAUUCAGAAGAGGAGACGAGCGGACGAUUCGGAUGAUGAUAUGGACCAAACGGACUCGCGCUCGCCUAGUCCGGAGAAACAGCAGCAAAGGGUCAUGGCGCCGGCAAGGUCUGCAAAGAGGCUGGCUGCAAAUAAGAAAGCCCGACCAGAUACAAGUACAGACAAGCAAUCUGAAACAAGCAAUUCAAAUGGAGAAGACGGUACCGACUUGGCUGAUGCCCGCGUGCUGCUUGCCAAUUUACCGCUAUCAUCGUACCCAGCCAUGAUCCAAACGUUGCUAGAAAAGGAUCCUUCGGUCACCAAGCUCUUGAUAUCCGUCAUUCCACGGCCGUCAGCGGAUAUGGCACGCGAAGCAAUUGUGCAGGCGACAAAGAAACUCCGGGAUGCGGUUCCCUAUAGCGCCGCAUCGUCCGCCCGCUCAAACGGCGGCGCCUCAACGUCGGCAUCGGCACUAGGCCUAACGUCGGCGGGCGGGAAUUCACUUGGGCUGAGUGCGAGUGGGAGUACAAGUCUUGGGUUUGGUGCCCUGUCACUCGGAUCGUCUACCAUUGGACUCGACUUUGGCUUUGGUCCAUCCGCCGCGACGCCCUCUGCAAACUCUGCUGUUUCCUCUGGUCAGCGAGAUGCAUAUGUUCUCGAUCGACUACGACCGGCUAUUCAAGACUUUCUUUCCACGGUCCAUGCGUACCUGCCGUACUUUAGCCUGACGGUCACCCCGGUCACCCUCUCGUCGCUCCAAGACAAGCCGAAACCGACCUUGCCACCAAAGGAACAACCCCAUCCCAACGAGACUUUUAUUGUCUUAUCCAGCUUGACCAACGGAUUGAUCUCGCUCCCACCAAAGGCGAUUGCAGCACUCAAGGAGCAGUCGACUCUGGUGGAAAAGGUCGUCAAAGAGUGGGAAGCGUGGUUGGAUCAUCUCGACACUGCAGUGAACCAGAAUGGGGAAAUGUUUAGUGGCGAACAAGCAAGAAGUUGGAUCCAGGCGCUCGACUCGUUUGCAGCCGGGACAGCGGCGUCUUCGGUUGGAUUUGGCGUGUCAUCGUCGUCAUCCUUUGGUGGGUGGGGCUCGUCUUCGUCGUCGCUUGGCUGGGGGAUGUCGUCCAAGUCGGCGAGUCUAUCGGAGAGCAACGUCCCAGAGAUGAAGGGGAUUCGAGACGCGUGGGUGCGUCGAGUCGGGUGGCUAGUCGGUCGACAGCCUCCGGUUGCAGGCUUUGAUGCGAUGGACGAGCUAUGA